AUGGCAGCCAAGAGUUUGAACCUGUGUCAAGUAGCUGAAAUCAAGCAGAAGCUGUCCAACAAUGUCAAGAUGGCUCAUCUUGCCAAGGAAUACAGCGUUUCUCCGCACACUAUCAAGAGAUUGAGCCAGGGCUUGGACUUGUCUUUGGAGGAACAAUCUCCGGGGACCAGAAAACGGCAGGUCAACUUGACAGUGCAGCAAAAAGCCGCUAUCGUCGCAGCUCUGGAUGCCGGCAAAACAACGCAGAGUUUGGCCCAGCUCUACGGCGUUGACCCGACGACGAUCAGAAGAGUGAAGUCGCAGAAGCCAGAAAUUAUGAAACGCGCCCUGGAAUUGGAUGACAGCCAGCAGAAUAAGGAAUGCAAGAGGAUCCACGUCGAAGAGAAUCCUCGCGACAUGACGCUGUACGAGUGGUUCAAGCAGCAAUCGGGGACUCCAAUCUCGGGCGAUGUUCUGAAAGCUAAGGCCUUGGAGCUCAACAAGUUCGUUGGGGAAGCGGCCGAUUUCAAGGCCAGCAAUGGAUGGCUAGAGAAAUUCAAGAAGCGCUACCAGAUUUGGCAGUUAUCUAUGCAAGGAGAUAAGUUGUCAUCCGACAACGUAGCAGCAGAGAAUUUCAAGAAGACGCUGCAUUCUUACUUGAAAGAGAAAGGAUACACCGAGGAUGAGGUCUACAACGCCGAUGAGACGGGCUUAUUAUUCAAGUCCUUGCCGAAGAAAACUCUAGCGGCGGGAUACGAGCGGCAACCGUCGGGAUUGAAGGAGCAGAAAGAACGAGUGACUGAUAUGCUGCGCCAAUGGGUCCGGAUCGUAUAA